GCGAACAUACGACGACGUCUCUGCUCGCAACCACCGCGACCGCUGCUGAGGCAGCCCGGCCUUUCCUUCCACCUUCUCGUCUUUCUCUUUCUUACCUGGCUCGCGGCACCACAUUUAUUCAAGUCGGACUUGCUGGAACGCCGGUCGUGUUGCCAUCAUGGCCUCGAAACGGCAGUCGAGCGGAACGAGCUUCCACCAACGGCUCGAAUCGGUGACGGACUUGACGCAACUUGCACCCAUCUCCGACGAUGCUAUCGUAUCAUGCCUUCGUGAAAGGUUUAUGUCUGACAAUAUUUAUACGGCGAUUGGAACGUCUGCCAUCGUUGCCCUCAACCCCCACAAAUAUGUGCCGAGCAAUGCAGACUCUGUCAUGCACAAGUAUGCUGCAGAGUAUCGGGAUACGUCGCAGGAAAAGAUACCGCUACCACCCCACGUCUUCCAGCUCGCUAACAAUGCGUACUACCACAUGCGUCGCACCGGCCAGGAUCAGAGUAUUCUCCUGAGCGGUGAAACUGGCAGCGGCAAGUCAGAAAACCGCCGACUGUCGAUCAAGACGUUGCUCGAGUUGAGCGUGAGCAGCCCGGGGAAGAAAGGGUCCAAGCUGGCGCACCAAGUCCCUGCUGCUGAAUUCAUUCUCGAGACGUUUGGCAAUUCUCGCACCCUGUUCAAUGCGAACGCAUCUCGUUAUGGCAAGUACACUGAACUCCAGUUUACCGAGCGUGGCCGACUCUGCGGUGUGAAGACCCUUGACUAUUAUCUCGAGCGCAACCGAGUUGCUCAGGUCCCCUCUGGAGAGCGCAAUUUCCAUAUAUUCUAUUACCUAGUUGCGGGAGCCUCUCCCGAGGAGCGCCAACACAUGCACUUAGACGAGAGGGCAAACUAUCGCUACCUGGGGCAGCGUACUGCUGCUUCUAGCCGGGGCCCGAUCGGUGGGGGAGACGACGGUGCACGCUUCGAGCAACUCAAGAUGGCGAUGAAGAACGUGGGUCUCUCAAAGAGACAUGUUGCGCAGACAUGUCAGCUCGUUGCUGCUAUCCUUCACCUCGGUAACCUUGAGUUCACCAUCGACCGUCACCGAAAUGAGGAUGCUGCCGUGGUCAGGAACACGGAUACUUUGGGAAUUGUAGCGGAUUUCCUUGGCGUUCAGCCAGCAGCUCUGGAAGCAGCGCUGUCGUACAAGACCAAGCUAGUCAGGAAGGAGUUGUGCACUGUUUUCCUUGACCCAGACGGUGCUUCCGACAACAGGGACGACUUGGCGAAGACAUUGUACUCCUUGCUCUUUGCAUGGCUGAACGAGCACAUCAACCAGAAGUUAUGCAAAGAGGAUUUCGCCACUUUCAUUGCUCUGUUCGACCUACCCGGUCCGCAGAAUAUGACGAGCAGGCCUAACUCUCUGGAUCAGUUCUGUGUCAACUUCGCUAACGAGCGCCUGCACAACUUCAUCCACAAGCGCAUCUUCGAGAGAGAUACAGCCCAGUAUGCCUCAGAGGGGCUGAGCAACUACGUACCGCAGGUGCCUUAUUUCGACAACUCAGAGUGCCUGCGCUUGUUGCAGAACAAGCCAGGAGGUCUUAUCCAUAUCAUGGAUGACCAGGCGUUGAGGAUGCCCAAGAAGACUGACCAUAGUAUGGUCGAAGCCUUCGGCAAGCGAUGGGGUAACCACUCGUCUUUCAAGAUGGGAUCAAUUGACCGCUCGGGAUACCCUACCUUUACUGUGCAUCACUAUAACGGACCCGUCACUUACUCCUCGGAAGGGUUCCUCGAGAGGAAUUUAGAUGCUGUGAACCCCGAUUUCGUUUCUCUUUUGCGUGGCGCUCACCAGAAUGCCGGCGAAGUCGGAGGCAGUGACGGCUCAGGAUCCGCUAACCCCUUUGUAAAGGGUCUCUUCUCAGCCAAAGCCAUCGCGACCCAGGCCCAUCCCCGCAAUGAAGACACCAUUGUCGCGGCUCAGCAGCCCCAGAAGCCCAUGCGGGCUCCUUCUACUCGUCGAAAGAACACGAUCAAGCGCAAGCCUACCAUGCUUACCGAGAUCGAGGAGAAUGAUAAGGACGAGGAUGAAGGCCAGACCGCAGCCAAGUCUGGUGGCGGGGCUCCCUGCGUUGCGGGUGAAUUCUGCAGCGCUCUUGAUACCUUGUUCGAGACUCUGGAGGAAUCACAGUCGUGGUAUGUCUUCUGCAUUACCCCCAACGACUCGCAGCUCCCCAAUCAGCUUGAGGGUCGGUCUGUGAAGGGGCAGGUCAGGGCUAUGGGUUUACCAGAGAUCGCACGGCGGUUCAUCAACGUUUUCGAGGUGAACAUGACGCCAGACGAGUUUGUGGAGAGGUAUAAGGAAUCAUUGGCCUCGCUCAAUGUGCAUGAGGGAGGACCAUGGGAACAGAUUGGGCAAGCCAGGACGGCAUUGGGUCAGCAAGACCAAGACAUCGUUAUUGGCCAGCAUAAGGUGUUCCUAUCUCAAGCCGCUUUCCAUAAGCUCGAAGACCACCUGCGGUCAAAAGACGUUGAGGAGCAGAAACGCAACCGGCUCCGUGACGCAGAGGCAGAAGCAGGCCUCACUCAUACAAGUGAUCCUUAUGCUCCUUACUCUACCCCUGGUGCCCCCGAGAACUCUCCGUACGACGGCGGCUACGGUGAUCCCUUUGGGCAGUCUAGCCAGGCGUUGCCGCUCGUCUCUCACGCAUCUCCGUUCCAGCGCGCGGAUAUGUACGAUGACGAGUACGACGAGAGCAAGUCUGUCCGCAGUGACGACUUCGAUGGCCGUAGCAGGCUGACAAGCAACCGCGACGACUCCGUGUCGAAUUUCGGAACAGAAUCCUACGCCCCAUCUCGCAACAUGUUCCAGAAUGCCGACAGGAAGGCUUUGAUGGACAAGGAGGCUCUUCCCGCUGAUGUUCAAGAAGGCGAAACUACCGAAGUCCUGAAGGAAAGUUCUGCUCGCCGCAGAUGGGUUGCAUUAUGUUGGAUGUUGACUUGGUGGGUUCCGACACCAUGCAUCCGGUGGGUAGGGCGGAUGAAACGCCCAGACGUACAGCAAGCCUGGCGCGAGAAGCUUGCCCUCAAUAUGAUCAUCUGGUUUGUCUGUGCAUGCGCGAUCUUUGUCAUCGCUGUCCUCGGCAACGUUAUCUGCCCAACGGAGCAUGUUUUCAGUACUAGCGAGCUGGCGUCGCACAACUCCAAAGAUAGCCCGAAUAACGUGUACACGUCUAUCCGUGGCGAAGUCUUUGACCUCACCACUAUAGCGGCUACCCACCAGAGAAUGGUAUCUGUUGUCCCGGCGAAGAGCAUUCUGAAAUACGGAGGCACUUCGUCCGACAACAUCUUUCCUGUCCAGGUCAGCGCAUUAUGCAACGGAGUGUCAGGGUCCGUGAGUCCCUACGUAGUUCUUGACUCGACCAAUAACACCGAUCCGAAUGCGCAAUACCACGAUUUCCGAGCCUUCACCAAUGACUCUCGCCCUGACUGGUACUUCGAAGUCAUGACCCAGAUGCGAUGGAAGAACCGCGUCGGCUUCAUGGGGUACACCCCCAAGGAAAUCCGGAACAUGGCUUCCAACAAGAAGGCUGUGGGCAUUUACAACGGUCUGGUGUACGACUUGACGACGUAUAUCAAGAGCCCACCCUUCACGAAAGCUCCAGAUGGAAUGCAAGCUCCUAGUGUCGAUACAAACUUCAUGCAUUCUUCUGUGAUCGAUAUCUUCACAUACGACGCUGGAGGGGAUGUCACCAAGGCUAUCGAUGGGCUCAAUAUUGGCUCGGACGUACUGGAGCGGCAGAAAGUCUGUCUCAGGAAUCUUUUCCUGAUCGGCAAGGUCGACAAUCGCCAGUCGCCGCAGUGCUUAUUUGCCACAUACAUUCUGCUUAUCCUGUCUAUCAUCAUGGUCAGCGUCAUCGGCUUCAAGUUUAUUGCGUCCAUCAAUCUCAGUGCUGAACGAGCACCUGAGGACCACGACAAAUUCGUGAUUUGCCAGGUUCCUUGUUACACUGAAGGAGAGCAGUCGUUACGGAGGACAAUCGACUCCCUCGCGCAGAUGAAGUACGACGACAAGCGCAAGCUUCUAGUAGUCAUCUGCGAUGGGAUGAUCGUUGGUUCUGGCAAUGAUCGCCCUACGCCUCGCAUCGUUCUUGAUAUCCUCGGCGCUGACCCUAAUCAGGAUCCCGAGCCCCUGAGCUUCCUCUCCCUCGGCGAAGGCGCCAAACAGCAUAAUAUGGGCAAGGUGUACUCAGGGUUGUACGAAGUCGCUGGCCAUGUAGUCCCGUAUCUCGUGAUUGUCAAGGUUGGCAAGCCCACUGAGCGAUCUCGACCCGGUAAUCGUGGCAAGCGUGAUUCUCAGAUGCUCCUGAUGCAUUUCCUGAACAAGGUGCAUUUCAAUGCUCCCAUGAAUCCUUUGGAGUUGGAGAUCUACCACCAGAUCAAGAACGUGAUUGGUGUUAACCCUACCUUCUACGAGUACCUGUUCAUGGUUGAUGCUGAUACAACGGUGGACCCAUUCUCCGUUAAUCGCUUGAUAUCGGCCAUGAUUCGAGACAAAAAACUCCUUGGUGUCUGUGGAGAGACGUCGCUUGCCAACGCGAAGCAGUCGAUCAUCACAAUGAUGCAGGUGUACGAGUACUUUAUAUCCCAUCACAUGGCCAAGGCGUUCGAAAGUCUCUUCGGGUCUGUUACCUGUCUUCCCGGUUGUUUCACGCUCUAUCGGCUGCGCACGCCAGACACCCACAAACCCUUGUUCAUCUCGAACCAGAUCAUCCAAGACUACUCUGAGAACCGUGUCGAUACGCUUCAUAUGAAGAACCUGCUUCACCUUGGAGAAGAUCGAUACCUGACUACCCUGCUCUUGAAGCACUUCCCUAAUUUCAAGACCCAGUUCGUUCGGGACGCUCAUGCGUACACGGUAGCGCCUGAUGACUGGAAAGUUCUUCUUUCUCAGCGUCGUCGGUGGAUCAACUCGACCGUGCACAAUCUGGGAGAGCUCAUAUUCUUGGAUCAAUUGUGUGGCUUCUGCUGUUUCUCCAUGCGCUUCAUCGUUCUGCUAGACUUGCUGUCUACCCUAAUCCAGCCCGUGACCGUGGCAUACAUUGUGUACUUGAUAUACCUCGUGGCAGGAGAAGGGAAGAAUAUCCCAACACUCUCGCUUAUCAUGAUUGCCGCCAUCUAUGGUGUACAGGCUUUGGUCUUUGUGCUUCGGCGGAAGUGGGACAUGAUCGGUUGGAUGGUUUUCUACAUCCUCGCCAUUCCCGUAUUCUCCUUCCUGCUCCCGCUAUACUCCUUCUGGCGCAUGGAUGAUUUCUCAUGGGGUCAAACACGUGUCGUAUUGGGCGAGAAGGGCAAGAAGAUCAUCGUGCACGACGAGGGCAAAUUUGAUCCUCGCGUGAUCCCAUUGAAAUCUUGGAAUGAAUAUGAGAACGAGCUAUGGGAUAAGGAGUCAAAUCAUAGCAUCGGUUCGUGGGUACCGCCAAACAAGUUCAACAACGCAGGAUAUGCGGAAUCUCGGACGGCGUCUCUGUAUGGCCAUGAGACAUACUAUGAGCCACGGAGUUAUUCACCGGCACCCUCCCAAAAUAUGUAUCAACCCCCGCCUGGUUACAACUCUGGUCGCAACACUCCCCUUGGUGCCUUUGGGGCUCCUCAGCUCCGACCGAUGAGCGAAGCAGGCAGCAUGCUUUACGAACCCGCGCCGUCACGGCCACCGACGAAUUACUUGGGAUUCGACUUGCCCACCUCUGGCCCCUCGGAUGCUGAGAUAGAAAGGGCUGUUCAAGAAAUUCUCAGAAACGCUGAUUUGACUACUAUCACUAAGCGGGAGAUACGCACAAAGUUGGAGGACCAGUUCGGGGUUGAUUUGACCUCUCGGAAGGCCUCCAUCAAUGCCGCUAUCGACCGGGCUUUGGCUCAGUCAUGAUCUCGUAGGUUGAUGAUAUCACUGGACAAUGGGACAUAUCCGUGGUAGUAGUUUUGCGGGUGCAUCUUCUUUUAUUCAUUAGCAUGUCAUGUCUUUCGUUUGCAUCACAGAAGCCCGGACUUUGCAUAACCAAUUACGCACUAUAAUAUGGUACUAUUAAUGAAGGACCCCUCACACGAAGCGAUGUACUAUUCCUGGAGGACAGUUGAUGGUGAUGGGUGCAAAUCCAGUACGCAUCGCUCGAUAUCAA